AUGGUGGAAAAUAAUCCAAGGGCCUGGCACGAAUUGCUUUCUGAGGCCUUAUGGGCCAACAAAAUCUUAAAUAAGGAAGCCACCAAUAUAACUCCUUAUAUAUUGGUAUAUGGACAUGAUCCAGUCCUGCCCAUGGAGAGAUUUAGCGCACUCUUCAUUGCAUUAUCGGGUGUUUAUCACCUCACUCCUGCAGAAGAUACUCAAGCCAUGCUGAUAGAGCUUGAGGACUUGGAUGAAGUUAGGCUCGCAGCCCUUGACCAUAUGUUGGUCCAGAAGAGAAGAAUUGCUAGAGCUUAUGACAAACGUGUAAGGAAGAAAAUUUUUUCUGAAGGAGACUUGGUUUCAAAGGCUAUCUUUCCCCUAGGAGAAAAGAAUUCAAGAUACGACAAGUGA